CUGUUUCAAACGCUCCACGCGGACGACCGCCGCGCGCUGUACGCGUGCAUGUACGAGCUGACGUACGCGCCGGGGGAGAGAGUCGUGCGGCAGGGCGCGGAGGGACGAAACUUUUACGUCGUCGUCGCCGGGACGCUGGAGGUGACGGUUCGCCCGCGAAUGAAGCGCUUGUUCCCCGGGGAUACGUUCGGCGAGGUCGCGCUCCUGCACGCGGUCCCGCGGUCCGCGACGGUCACCGCGGCGGGGAGCGAGACGUGCGUGCUCUGGGCGCUCGAUCGAAAGACGUUCAAGAAGAUCCUCAGCGAGGCCGCGUUCGAGCGCCGGCGCGCGAACGAGUCGCUGCUCGCGAAGGUGGCGCCGUUGAAGAUGCUCGACGAGUACGACAGGAAAGUCCUCGCGGACGCGCUCGUGCCGAAGUUCUACGCCAAGGGGGAGAACAUCUGCGUCCAGGGCGUCCGAGAGUCGCCCGGCGGGGGCGCGUUUCACGUCAUCGCGCGCGGGCGCGUCGCCGUGCGCCUCGCCGACGGCGGCGAAGUCAACCGCCUGUCCAUCGGCGCGUACUUCGGCGAGGUCUCCGCGCUGGAGGGGACGCCCCCCACGGCGACGGUCACCGCGAUCACGGACGUGCGAGCCGCGACGCUGGACCGCGCGGCGUUUCGUCGCGCGCUCGGCGAGGACGUC